AUGUCGGCAGUACCUAACCUUCCUAUCGACGCGCCUGGCAUUUCCAUUAACGAGGAUGCCAAUGGGCUUUCAGCGAAGCCGCCUUUCAAGCUCAACGAUGCGCCUGUGGAAAACUUGCGACGUCUGAGAGUUGUUGUUAUCGGUGCUGGAUACUCGGGCAUCUAUUGCGGCAUUCGCAUUCCAGAGAGAUUGAGAAAUGUCGAUCUUGUCAUCUAUGAGAAGAAUGGCGGCGUUGGAGGGACUUGGUACGAGAACAGCAAGCUUGAACUUACGACUCACUCAUACCAGUAUACGUUCCAACCGAACCCGAACUGGUCGUCGCUCUAUGCCCCGUCUGCGGAGAUUCAAUCUUACCUCCAAGACGUAGCGCACAAGUACUCCGCGGAUCGCUUCAUCAAGCUACGCCAUGAGAUUCAGGCAUGCCACUGGGAUGGCAAGACUGCGAAGUGGAACAUCACAGUGAAGAAUCUCGACACAGGAGAUGUGCUACAGGACAAGGCCGACGUACUUGUUUCAGGGAGGGGUGGUUUGAACACACCAUCUUGGCCUGAGAUAAAGGGCUUUGAGACGUUCAAAGGCGAGGUCAUGCAUUCGGCAGUCUGGAAUCAAGCCUACGACUUCAACAACAAGCGAGUAGGCGUCAUCGGUUCUGGUUCCUCCUCCAUCCAGAUUGUCCCGUCGCUGCAGCGUCUACCAGGUACUCAUAUUAGUACCUUUGUGCGUAGUAAGACGUGGAUCUCGCCUCCCUUCGGCCAACAGCUAUGGGACAAGUACGGUUUCAAUGGUUCGACGAUUCCCCCAGAGCUUCGCGAUCGUUUCGCGAACGAUCCAGAAUAUUACCACAAGUUCAGGCUUUCAGUCGAGGAAGAUGGAAACAGCAUCCAUGCUGUUACCAUGAAAGGGACUGAGUUACAAAAGGGCGCAAAGGAUAUGUUCCAUCAGCACAUGAAAGAGAGGCUGAAGAGCAAGCCUGAGAUCUUCGAAGCACUCUUACCCUCCUUCUCCCCAGGGUGCCGUCGGUUGACGCCUGGUCCAGGCUAUCUCGAAGCCUUGACGCAACCCAAUGUCGACUUCGUCACAUCGCCCAUAACACACAUCUCCGAAUCCGCAAUCCACACAGCCGACGGAAAAACGCACGAAAUCGACGUUCUCGUGUGUGCCACAGGCUUCAAAGCCUCAGCCCCACCUCCGUUCCCCCUAACCGGCAGCAACGGCCUGCCACUUGCUAAAAGGUGGGAGGACCGCGCCGUAAACUACCUCUCACACUCCGUAUCUGGCUUCCCCAAUCUCUUCACCAUGCUCGGUCCCAACGCCGCAAUCGGCUCCGGCAGCCUGACGUGCAUGAUCGAGACCCUAGGCGACUACAUCAUCAAAGCAAUCCGCAAGAUCCAAAAAGAAAACAUCGCAGCCAUGGUUGUCAAGGAAGCGCGCGAGAAGGACUUCAUCGAAUACGUCGACGCCUACUUCCAGGGCACUGUCUUCGCCGACGAAUGCCGAAGUUGGUACAAGAACAAGGGGACGGGCGAGGUCGUUGGGCUCUGGCCAGGAAGUACGUUGCAUUGUGUUGAGACGAUGAGGAGUCCGAGGUGGGAAGACUUCGACUAUAUUUAUUUGGAUGAGCUCGAGGGACAGAGUGACGGUACAGAGCUACAUGGUGUGGGGAAGACGAGCAACAGGUUGGCUUGGUUGGGCAAUGGGUGGACUAGUGCGCAGACGGAGGGCAAACACUUGGCGUGGUAUUUGUACCCCGAAUUUAUGGAGAAGCCUGUUUCGCCACUGCCGGAGGAGAAGGAGACGUAUGCUAUUAGGCCGUUUUCUUAUUGA